AUGGGAAUCGAACAAAGAAGUUAUGUAGAAAAUUUAUUUGACUGUCCAGUAUGCGAGCCAGAUGCAUGUCCCAAACAAAACCGUUCAGAUUUUGGUUGUUUUUUGGUUCGAGAACCUGGCAUUUGCGGAUGUUGUUUUGUGUGUGCUAUUGAUAAGGGGGCUCCAUGUGGACUUUCUCGUGGACGAUGUGCACCUGGUUUAAGGUGCAGACCACCAAUAGAUGAUCCACAUCCAAUCAGAUCCUUACUUUUAGGACAAGGUGUUUGUCUGUGA